AUGUUUUCCUUUCUUUCUGCCAUCACAGCUAUAACACUUCUGCAGCCAGGGAUCGUGUCCGCAGCUCUCUUCGCCGACCCAGCGAACGACUACUUGUGCGAUUCGAUCCAUAAUCCAGUCGUCACCCUCCACGGCCUCGGGGCAACUUACUAUGAAGACAUCAACUUCCUGGGCGACUGGUUGAAGACAGAAGGUUUCUGCGUCUACCGUGCAACUUACGGCGCCUACCCGGAGUUUCCUCUGGUCGGUGGAUUUCUGCCCAUAAACGAGAGCGCCGUCGAAAUCGCCAACUUUAUUCGAAAUGUGACCACAGCCACUGGGAGAAGAAAAGUGGAUUUGGUUGGACACUCGGAAGGCGCUUUCCAGACGUUGUAUGUGCCCAAGUUCGAGGAUGGGAUUGCUGAGCUGGUGCAGCGAAUUGUUAGCAUUGCGCCACCCACGCACGGCACCAACUUCGCCAACCUGGUCACUUUAGCACAGGAUCUGGGUAUUGACGGCUUGGUGCAAGACGUGCUAGAUACCUUUGGUUGCGAUGCUUGCAAUGACCUGACUACAGACGGUGCCGCCAUCGAGCAACUCAACGACGGCACCCCUAUCGUCCAGCCCGGUAACGGUGUGACCAUCAUCAUUUCGCGAGACGACGAGCUUGUCACACCGGUAACGACGGCGGUUGUGGAUGAGCCUGGUGUGCUUAACGAGUACGUCCAGGACUACUGUCCCUCCGAUCCAGUCGGACACAUUGGGGAGGCAUAUGAUUCGAAUGUAUGGAACAUGGUCAAGAAUGCUCUGACGGAUGUGACAGUAAAGAACUUUGACUGCGUGCUGGGCAGUCCUGGCAAGUAG